AUGGACAACAGGGACGACCCCUACGAGGGAUACUCCCUCCAAGAGCUGCUGCGAGAGAGGCGCUUGGCGAACCCGCCGGUCCCAGGCGACGACCAGAGGCCCUACUAUCUCGCCAGAGAGCUCUGGCCGACCGAGGCCGAGGCCGAGGCCGCCGAGGAGGCCGCCAACGAGGACGCCGCCGCCGAGCCUGCCGCCGCCGCCGCCAACAGCGGCAACAACAACAACCACAACAACGACGCCGGGGUCGAACCUCUCCCCAUCGACCCCGCCCUCUUCUCGGCGGCCGCCGACCCCCCGGCCGCCACCUCUGCGCCCGCUGCCGCUGCUGCCGCUCCUGCUCCUGCUGCUGCUGCCCCUGCUGCCGCCCCUGCUGCCGCCCCUGCGCCCGGUCCUGCUCCUGCUCCUGCAGCUCCCGUCGCCGCCGCCGCCGCCAACGCUGCCCCGGGCCCUGCCCACCCUGAGCCGGUCGCCUCGCCCCGCCUCCUCGCCCUGGUCGCCGCCGCCGAGCCUGGCCGUCGUCGCGCCUGGGACGACGAGGAGGACGCCUACCUCCGCGCGGCCCGGCUCGCCGGCUGGGACUUCGGGCGGAUCGGCGCGGUGCUGAGGAGGACCGCCGCGGCCUGCGAGACGCGGGCCAAGGGCAAGGUCUACAAGGGGGGCAAGAAGCCCGGCCAAAACUAA